AUAGCUUGGUUUUGACUUUCCCUACUCAUUAAAAACGAGUAAAGUAUAUAAUGAAAAAUAAAGAAAGAAAAGCUAAUGAUCACCACAGACGCUGACCACUGACAAGCAAUUUUAUUAAAAUUGUUACGGAAAUGUUUCUACAUGAUUUUUGUUUUAAGAUUAACUCCUUCGACGCUGAAAUAAUUUGUUAUUAGCGCGCGAAAUUCAACCGUUAUAGGUUGGUAGUUUAUUCCUGAGACCCCUACUAGCUUAUUCAAUUUUGAUGCUUUCUUCGCUUUUACUAUGCAUAAAUCAUGCGAGCACUGAAGAAGACAUGUAGUUCUGUUUCUUCAAAAACUUCUCUUAAAUUUCACACCAUCUCGUGCCGAGAAUCUCCACUUACGCGUCUGCUGGUUGCGUUGAAUUCUUCACAUUCUGUCUCCUGCUGCGGGGCGAUUCAUGCUCGAGUGUUCAAAUCUCUGAAUUACAGAGAUGGUUUCAUUGGCGACCAGUUAGUAUCUACUUACAUCAAUCUGGGGUUCACAGAUGACGCGGAAAAGCUGUUUGAUGAAAUGCCCCACAGAGACCUGGUCUCCUGGAAUUCUUUGAUUUCUGGGUUUUCAAAAAGAGGAGACCUUGGUAAGUGCAUGAAUGUAUUUUUGAAGUUGAAAUCUGAACUUACAUGGGAUAUGAAUGAGCUGACGCUUUUACCCAUCAUCUCAGCUUGUUCUUCUGCAAAAGGCCGGCAUGAAGGUUGGUAUCUUCAUGGUAAUGCAGUGAAAUUGGGCAUAAAGUUGGAAUCCAAGAUCGCUAAUUCUCUUAUAAAUAUGUAUGGCAAGUUUGGCUGUCUUGGCUCUGCUUUCAGGCUAUUUUGGGAAAUCCCAGAACGAAAUCUGGUAUCAUGGAAUUCAAUGGUGGCUAUCUACGUCCAAAACGGGAUCCCUAGAGAAGCUUUUCAAUACUUUAAUAUGAUGAGGCAUAAUGGACUCUUGCCUGACAAGGCAACAAUUGUAGCCUUGCUUCAAGCUUGUGAAAACUUGCCUAUUGGGAAAUUAGCAGAGGCCAUUCAUGGUGUAAUCUUAACCUGUGGUCUGAAUGAAAAUGUUACAAUUGCAACCACGCUUUUAAUCUUGUACUCAAAGUUAGGGAGAUUACAUGCUUCUCAUAAGGUCUUUACGGAGAUUGGUAAGCCUGAUAAAGUGGCUUGGAGUGCAAUGAUCGCAGCUUAUGCCAUGCAUGGGCAUGGGAAAACAGCAAUAGAAUUCUUUGAAAGGACAGUAAGGCAGGGUAUGGAGCCUGAUCAUGUUACUUUUACCCAUUUGUUGAGUGCUUGUAGCCAUUCAGGGCUUGUUGAGGAGGGAAAGUACUACUUCUAUAUCAUGUCUGAUGUUUAUGGAGUUCAACCCAGAUUGGAUCAUUAUUCUUGUAUGGUAGAUCUUCUUGGCCGCUGUGGUCUGCUCAGUGAUGCUCAUGAGCUGAUUAAGAACAUGCCUUUUGAUCCUAAUGCUGGAGUCUGGGGUGCUCUUCUUGCUGCUUGUCGGGUUCACCGUAAUAUUGACCUGGGGAAAGAAGCUGCAGAGAAAAUGAUUGCUUUAGAUCCAUUAGAUUCUAGAAACUACAUUAUGCUUUCAAACAUAUACUCUGCUGCGGGUUUAUGGGAUAAUGCAUCAAAAGUGAGGGCUUCGAUGAAGGCUAAAGGUCUAAUUAGAAGCCCUGGAAUCAGUUUUAUUGAGCAUGGGAAGAAAAUCCAUCGAUUUGUGGUGGAUGAUUAUUCUCACCCUGAUGCUGACAAGAUACAUGAAAAACUAGAAGAGCUGCUCAGAAAGAUUCAUGAGGCUGGUUUUGUGACAGAAACUGAUUCUGUUCUUCAUAAUGUUGAUGAGGAAGUGAAAAUGGAUAUGAUUUACAAGCACAGUGAGAAGAUUGCCCUUGCAUAUGGCCUUCUGGUUACCAGCCCUGAUGAACCAUUAGUUAUAAUGAAGAACCUCAGAAUUUGUCGAGAUUGUCACAGCACUGCAAAGUUUGUCUCACUAAUAGAGAAACGUACUAUCAUAAUCCGAGAUUCAAAGAGAUUUCAUCAGUUCUUGGAUGGAUCAUGUUCAUGUGGUGAUUAUUGGUAAUUUUUAUGGCUUUGAUGGUGCUCAAAUGAUUGCCACAGAUAGAAAUGGCCAUCAUACAACAGUAAUUUACCAGUGACUUGGUAACUAGUUUGGGGAGCCUCUACGGGCAGCCACAUUCUUGAAGAAGACAAUACUUGUUCAACAGAGAAAUUGAUUUUUUUCAUUGCUGAAAUGAUGCUAUGCAAUACAUAGACCUGACUGGAAAGGUGUUAAUUGUACUCAUAAGGUAUGAGUACUGAUGAAAAUGGAGCAUCACAGAAGAGAAUCGUCCAAUUUUUUCAGACAAGCAUAUUGAUAAGAACCUGCUGCGGGCAGAACAAAAAGGGACGGCCUUGAAUUUGGAUCUGAACUGCAAGCUGACAUUGAGUGUGAAGCAUUCAGGGGCUGUGGACAGAGUUCAUCAACGGAUGAAACCAACCUGACCCAUUUGCUCUUAGCCGAGGUCUUGCCCUCCUAUCCUACAAAACGGGUCAGUAUGCUUGAUGAGAGAGGUGCAAUGACCUGAAUCAAGGCUUAACGGGUUUGGGACCGUGAAAGGGUGGUUAUAAUUCCUGAUCAUUAUAUCUUCACAAGUGAUCAACGUGCCAAUUGCAAUGUGGACAUUUUAAGACAUUUUUGCCAGGAACAAAAAAUAAAGCACAUAUACGAUAUUGAAGAUUUGAGUGAUUUUAAGGUAUGCUGUUAUUUUCUUCAAUAUUAAUUUGUUAUUUUGGAUUCUUAGAAGGCGCAUGGUAAUUUGUUAUGGCUAUGGCAAAGGAAGGUGGACUUAUAACUGUGCAGGCAAGCCCGGAUUACAAAUGUUUGUGCCAUGUUGCUCUUGCUCGGGGAACUCAUUGCAGGCCGGGAGAGAUUUCCUUGAUCUACAAGAAAAAAACUAGUGGUUGACAGCAUUUUGUUUCCCUCUUUUAUUAACUCAUUCUGUUUCUGCAGGUUCUUCUUUGUACUGGUUCUCACACUUGUACUGCUGGAGCAUUUGGUCAGUUUGCUACAGGCAUUGGUAAUGCUGAUGCAGGUUUUGUAUUGGGGACGGGGAAACUUUUGCUCAAGGCUAGUUGGCUUUUCAUUGUGAUCUAUAUGAUGCUUUUGCUAUUUGUAAAUAGUCACUGUAUGAUGUUUCAUUCAUCUUUACUGCCAAAAACUUGAGCUUCCCGUGCCAACUGUAUCUGUUCUUGAAUCUUGACAAAUCUAGGGUGAAGUAUAAUCCUCUCCUUUUGCCUGUGUACUUUCUAAGUGCCUUACCCUUUACCUAAUAAACUCAUCUCAUGUCUUCUAAGCUUGCAUAUAUUUUACAUACUGUAGCUAUUUUGUGUUAGUGUUUCAAAAGUUUUAGAAUAUGAUUUGGAUCAUAAUAUCAUGUCUGUGUUUGUGCAUUUUAGUAUGUUUUAGCGCAUCGACAUUUAGAUUUAGACUAACCUGAGAUUCUAAUUUUGUUCUUGUUCGAAUACUCAAAGAGAAACCCCCAUCUUGGAGAAGAACCUAUAGACAUUGAAGAUUUGGUGAACAUUGGAAAAAGAUUUGGGCCGUAUGUUCCUGCUGUUGUGCUUAAUUUUUUUCCCAAUGAUGAAGAUUUGGUGUCCCCACUACUUAUCAAAAGAACUCCACAAGGCUGCUGAUAUAGUGUUUGCACCAUGCAACUAUCUUAUUGAUCGUGGAUCUAGAAAAUCUCUGAAUAUUUCUUGGGAAUAUAGCAUUGAUGGAAACCUUGCUGAUAUAUUAAUAAAAAGCUGUGAUAAUAAGAAAUACAAUAAAAGUUACUGAUUAAGUCUUUAACCUUUGUGGGAGAAUUAAAGACUCAACCCAGUAGUCACAACCCAAGAUCACACUCACUGAACAUAGAACGAAGAAAAAUGAAGAACAGAAAGAAACCACACUUUUUCCUUACCUCCUGCACACUCCCAUACCACCAUUAUAUGUCAGAAUUCGUUGCAUUGGUCCCCUCUCUUGUUUCUGCCAACUCAUCUCUCUUGUUUUUGUUUUUCUCCUACUAUAAUGUUGGGCUAAUGUCUCAGGCCCAAUAUUUCGUCAGACCCAUCAAGCAUUCUCAUAUAUGAUGAAGCUCAUAACCUGCUUGCAUUUCUGAGGCUCAAAGUUGUGUUGACCUUUGUAUAGGCAGAAGAGACAAAUUGAAUGAUAAGUCAUGGAAUCCAGAUAAUUUUGCUAUCCUUAAAGGUAAGGCUUCAAGGGUCCUUAGUUGAUGGUGCUUUAAUCCAGGAAUAGCUAUGGAAGUUUUUCCUAAGUUGGGCGUUGGCUCUGUUACAUUGACUUCUGGCACAUUAUCUCUCGUGGAAUCUUUUGCUCAGGAGCUGAAAAUGUUAGAGUCAUUUUUGUUAUUUUAUUUUAUUUGAUAAUAUCAUUGUUGUCAUCAUACUUAACAGAGUGGAUUCUGGUCAUGUCAGAGAUUUUCCUAUUCGGGUAGCAAAAAGGCAUGUGAUAACCUUAAAUCAGGUAUGGGCUAGCGUUGUACCAGUUGGUCCUUCGGGGUGUACUUUUAACUCUUCCUACUGCACACAUUAUUCUAUAGAGUACAUGCAGGAGCUUGGUAAUGCAAUUGGUAUGCGGCAUUAAUUAUUUUUUA